AGCAGUAGGACUCGAACCCGCGGCUUUGGACGUGCCAGGCUCAUACCCGCUAACCAGGACUAGGACCAGGACCAGCACCAGGACCAGGUCCAGGAAGGAGCAGGUCCCGCCCUGAAGCCGGAGGCCCCGAGCAGCGGAACUCUCGGAUACCUCGGAUACCGCGGAGUUCUGCCACAAGGUGUGGUUUUCUGCUCCGAACCGAGCAGGACCAGGACCUCCAGGUGGGAAGAACAAGGGGAAAAGUUCAGGGAAAGUUCUGAACACCUUGAGCUAUAACUUUGAGAACUCGGACCUGGACUUUCCUCGGUUUGGCUGCUUUGACUCCGGGCGGACUGAAGGGACCGGACCCCCGGAUACAGAUCCAGAUCCAGAUCCAGGACCUGCACCAGGACCAGGACCAUGAGCGGGGAAGAGGACCGGCUGAAGCUGGUGGUGGUGGGCGGAGGGGGGGUGGGCAAGAGCGCGCUCACCAUCCAGUUCAUACAGUCCUACUUCGUGUCGGACUACGACCCCACCAUCGAGGACUCCUACACCAAGAUCUGCACCGUGGACGGGAAGGAGACGCGGCUGGACAUCUUGGAUACCGCAGGUCAGGAGGAGUUCGGUGCCAUGAGGGAGCAGUACAUGCGAUCAGGAGAAGGCUUCCUACUGGUGUUUGCACUGAAUGACCGGGGCAGUUUCCAUGAGGUCCAGAAGUUUCACACCCAGAUCCUGAGAGUGAAGGACAGGGACGACUUCCCCAUGGUGCUGGUGGGAAACAAGGCGGACCUGGAGCAGCAGCGGGUGAUCUCCCGGGAGGACGCCCAGGCCUUCACCAGAGAGAACCGGAUCCACUACAUGGAAGCCUCGGCCAAGAACCGCUACAACGUGGACGAGUCCUUCUUGGAGCUGGUCCACAUCAUCAGACGUUUCCAGGAGAUGGAGUGUCCUCCUCCUCCAGCUCACAGCACGAGGAAGCAGAAAAGUGCUGGCUGUCCCUGUGUCAUCCUCUGAGCGCCGUUGCCAUGGACACCAGAGCCUCCUGCUUCCACAGCCUGUACAAAAAGAUGUGUGUGUCUGUGUGUGUGAGUGAGUGAGAGAGAGAUGGAUAUGGUGCACCAUCAGUCUUCCAGAUGGUUUCCUUUGCAAUUUGUCAAAAGGAACUUUUAAGUCAGAUAUUGUAAUCGGGGUGUAAAGGGAGGGUGAUUCAGCUGCUUGGGUGUGGCGUCGCUGAGCGAGUGACCGAUGAAUGAUGAUUGUUGCACUUCAUGGUGUGUGUGUGUCCACAAAGUUAAACAUUACCACACUCUGAUCUGUUAGUGCCUUAAAGAUUUGAUGACAUCUGUUUUUGCAGGAGCAAAUGUCAGCUGUGAUGUCAUCACAUCAGUGUGUUUGGGGAGGGAACAAAACAAAACAAAGCCCCAAUGUAUUUCCAUGUCUGUGUGCAGCUAUGAGCACAUCAGGAAUGUGCACGAAACA